AUGUCUCUCGCACGCGCUUUAACCACGCGGCGAGCGAAGCAGCCCCCGACAGACAUGCGCUCCAUACCGCAACGAAGCAACACCUCGGCCAAGGGCUCGGCCAAGGGCCUUGCACGCUCAAGCUCUAUUCGCCAUAUGAUUUCGGGCCCGAUGGAACUUACCCAUACGACAAACGUGCUAGCAUACAACGCACCCGAUCUGUUUCCUCAUGCCGAGUACUCGCCAACUUCCUCUACCAAGUCCGACAACGACUCUCUUGGUAGCCCCCGAUCCAGCGAUUCGUCCCCGCCCACAAGUCCAGAUAUGCCGUCGGCAAAUGACCGAUCUGUGUCCCCGGAACCUAACCACCUAUCAUGCUACUUUAUGGCCCCUGGUCAGCAGUCUCCGCCGAGACCCAACGACGCGCCGAGCGUUCCCAGACGAGCACCGUCGCAUACGAAGAAGGCAUCUCUCGACAACAUGGCCAACAGAUAUGCGCGUCUGUCUAACCAGUCGAGCCAGACAGUCUCGACCAAGGCAAGUUAUUCGCUGUCGCGCUCCUCGUCUACCUCGACAACAGCUACCUCGGUCUCGUCAGGAUCUCGCUCCCAGAAGCUGUCGAUGGCUUCCAGUCCCUCCGGUCCUAGCGCCACAUCACCACUCGCGAGUCGUCCCAGUUUCCGCCGUCCUGCUGAGCAACUUGAGAUGCAGCACCCUUUCGGCCAUGAGCUGGCGCAGGUAUCCGAACUCGCAGAGGAACUGGGUGUGAAGGACAAGUUCCAGGCUAUCGACGAGGAAGAGCAGCAGCUCCUCGCAAAGGGUCUUUACCAAUUCCGAGCCGAGGACUACCUGACAGAGAUUAAGGGCCUACUGUCAACUUUCCUCACGCCGGAACCGGUUGAGCUGCAGGCGGUAUGGAUUUAG